AUGAAGAAUGAGUUGAAUACUACAAAAAAUAAUAAGUCUAAUACUGGACUUUUGACUAAAGCAACUGAUGGACUGGCUAUUAGAAAUGUUGUUCAACGUUUAAGAUCACAUAAAGACUUUCUACAUAUUUAUUUGGACACAUUGUUUCUUCAUAAUCACCAUGCAGGAUAUGAAUUUCAUAAUGAACAGGUAGAAUUAUAUGCAGAAUACAAUUAUCCUAGAUUGAUAGAUUUUCUAUGCUCUAGCAAUUAUUAUUCACCGGAAGAGGCAUUUAAAAUAUGUGAGCAGAGGGAUUUAGUACCUGAGAUGGCAAUAGAUUUUGCUAAAGAACAAGUCGAUAAGAUACUUUGA